AUGCUUCUGAAAAACCCCAGAAAUUUGACAGCAGCCCCAUUUGCCUCUGAAAAGCUGGUAUUCCGAGGUAGACUGCUCCUGCGGCUGGAGGUUCUGCUCAAAUCCUUGUAGCUGUUUUGUUAGACCUCUUCCCUCCCAUGUUUUUCUUUUUAAAUCCCAAUUUUCUACUUUUGCAAACCUCGGGUUCCUCCCUUGGGAGGGGAGAUUAUUGGUGUUGUUCUUAUUUUUAUCAUGUGGUGUGUUUUUUUACAUUGUAAUUUUAUCUUGUGAACCGCCCUGAGAAUCAUGGCUAAAGUAUAUAAAAACAAUAUAAAGUAAAAUAUAUAAGAAAAUAAGUAAGUAAAUAAAAUAAGUAAUAAAAUAAAAUAAGUAUUAUAUAUAUGUAAAAUUAAUAAUAAUAAUAAUAAUUUGUCCCAUUUCAAGCUGAAGCUCCCGGGUGCUCUUGAAAGAUGGCUCUCAUCACCCCUGUGACUAUUGGGCAUGCUGGCUGCAAGAGGGUGGGGGUGAGGAGGCUGGUGGGAACUGGAAUCCAACAACACCUGAAAGGCAAAAGAGUCCGUGUGUACCUGGUUUAUUUUUAUUUUUUUUAAUGAUAUUUAUUAGAGUUUCCAAUAAAAAGAACACAUCAGUAAAAAAAAUUUAAAAAGAAAAAAGAAAAAUACACAGUUCAAAAAUACACAAUACAUAAUCCAAAAAAAAACACCACAAAAAACAAAAGACAAAAAAGAAAACAGUUAAAAACAAUACCACCUUUUCAUCACCAUUUUUAAAUUUACUUAUUUUCUGGACCUCCUCAUACCUCCCUCUUUUGUAUUCCAGUUCAAUUAUGUUUGUCCAGCAAUUUCUUUCCCUCUUUUUUAAUCCCAAUCCUUAAUCUUAAUAUAGUAUAACAUUAAAAUUUUUACCUCUUAAAAGCCAAAUUUCCAUUUCCUUUAACUUUUUUAAUCCUAAUCCUUAAUCUUGAUCUAUAUAUAACUUUAAAGCCUGUAUAGCUAGAAGCCACUUAAUUUCAAUCCAUCAUCACUCUAACAUUCUUUAAUUUUGCAAUGUUUCUGUAGAUAAUCUUUAAAUUUCUUCCAAUCUUCUUCCACCAACUCUUCUCCCUGGUCACGGAUUCUACCAGUCAUUUCCGCCAGUUCCAUAUAGUCCAUCAGUUUCAUCUGCCAUUCCUCCAGUGUGGGGAGCUCUUGUGUCUUCCAAUACUUUGUGAUGAGUAUUCUUGCUGCUGUUAUUGCGCGUGUGUACCUGGUUUAACCCCUCUGGAAAGCCACCAGCAUGUUGGACGAGCCAUCACCGAAUUUGUCCAAUCUUCUUCCAAAGCCGGUGGCCGUCAUUCUUGUGGCAGCGAGUUCCACUGUUCAACUCUGCGCUGCACGAAGACGUUUUUCCUCCUCCGUGCUCUGCUGCGAUUCUUUCCAACGACUUCUCUGUCCUGGUCCUCAAACAACUCUGGGAUAAAGCUGUACUCGCAGAUCUCAGGAGAUGCUGGAUUUUGGCAUCCACGUCAUCGACCCUUGUGGAAAGAUAACUGCCCUGGUAGGAGAAUGUUUGAGGGACCGGGACGUUGGCAGGCAAACCAAAAUGCUUGUUUACAUUGUACAGUGGUACCUCGGGUUACAGGUGCUUCAGGUUACAGGCGCUUCAGGUUACAGACUCCGCUAACCCAGAAAUAGUACCUCGGGUUAAGAACUUUGCUUCAGGAUGAGAACAGAAAUCGUGCGGUGGCAGUGGGAGGCCCCAUUAUCUAAAGUGGUACCUCAGGUUAAGAACAAUUUCAGCUUAAGAACGGACCUCCAGAAUGAAUUAAGUUCUUAACCUGAGGUACCACUGUAAUGCCAACCUUACUGUAUACUUGUGAAACAUGGACAACUUAUAAACACCAUCUCCAGCUCCUUGAAAGAUUCCAUCAACUGUGUCUCUGAAAAUUUUUACACAUCACUUGGGAAGACAGGCGAACUAAUGCCAGUGUACUGGAAGAAGCAACGACCACCAGCAAUGAUUCUUCAACAUCAACUUUGUUGGACUGGUCAUGUUGUGCGGAUGCCUGAUGUCUUCCAAAGCAACUACUCUAUUCCCAUUAAAUAUGGAAAGCUGGUGGUCAACAAAAGAGGUUUAAAGACUCUCUCAAGGCAGAUCUUUAAAACUGUAGUAUAAUCACCGACAACUGGGAAACACUGGCCUGCGAGUGCUCCAGUUGGAGAACCUUUACCAAAGAUGUUGUGGGCUUUGAAGACACUCGAACUCAGGACGCAAGGGAGAAAGAUGCUAAGAGGAAGGCACGCUUGGCAAAUCCACACCGUGAUCAACUCCUGCCCGGAAACCAAUGUCCCCACUGUGGAAGGACGUGUGGAUCCAGAAUUGGCCUCCACAAUCACUUAUGGACUCAAUGUUAAAACCGUGUUUAUGGAAGACAAUCUUACUCGGCUACGAGGGAUCGCCAAAGAAGAGGAGGAAGAAGAGGAGGAAGAAGAGGAAGAGGAGGAGGGGGGAGGAGGAGGAAGAAGAAGAAGAAGAGGAAGAAGAGGAGGAGGAGGAGGAAGAGGAAGAGGAAGAAGAAGAAGAAGAGGCAGAAGAGGAGGAGGAGAAAAGAAGAAGAAGAGAAAGAAGAGGAAGAGGAAGAGGGAGAAGAGGAGGAAGAAGAGGAAGAAGAGGAAGAAGAAGAAGAAGAAGAAGAAGAAGAAGAAGAGGAGGAGGAGGAGGAGGAGGAGGAGGAGGAACAAGAAGAAGAAGAGGAAGAGGAAGAAGAAGAAGAGGAGGAAGAGGAAGAAGAGGAAGAAGAAGAAGAGCUACAAAAGUGAGAGAGAGAGAAAGAGAGAGAGAGAGAGUGAACAGAUAUGUAUAUAGAGAGAGUAUAUAUAUAGAGAGAGAGAGAGAGAGAGAGAGAUAUUUUCCUGCAGGGUUUUCUCCCGUGCAAUCAUACCCCCCUCCCUCCAACAACAUCCCUCCUCCCCACAUCUCUGAGAACAGAUGUAGGUCACUUCUUGUCUUGUGUGGUUGUUUUUUUUUGCAUUUGCUCAAAACAGCAGCCCGCCCCCCAAACUCCCAACCCUCUUCCCACCCUCUUUAGAAGUCAGCUAUGGCCUCUGUUGCACUUGACUCCACUGGGAAACACGCAAGCUUCUCUCUGCCCGCCAGCAACCCCCCCCCCCAGCACCCAGGGAUAAGGAAAAAUCUGUCUAGCCUCUCCCCCCUCGCACAGCCGCCCUCCCUGCCAUGUGUCAGAACCAAUCUUUUCAAAUCUGCUUCCCUGAGCAUGGAUUAGUUUUGGUGUGAGCUGGUUUUAAAAGGGUGUGUGUGUGUGUGUGUGGAUUAAAAUUAAAACGGAGGUCUUGUCAUUUAAAUGGGAAAUCUGGGAGGGGGCGAGGCAAGGCAGUUCCAUUGUAGGUCUGCCCUGGGUUUUAAACCUGCCAACUGGGAAGGUUUGACGAGAAAUCGAAGGGAUUUGAUUACCGACUCUCCGCCAUCUCUCGCUUUUGCAAACGCUGGAAAUGGAAGGAUAUAGCCAUCUCUGAUCUUGCAAAUCCCAGUGCUCCUUACAGAACGGGAAGGGUGUUUUUUUUUUGGGCAGGGGGAAACCCAAGGCUUGCAAAAGUAGAAAAUUGGGAUUUUAAAAAAAGGAAUCUGAUGGGAGGGGAAGGACUCCCCGCUCCCCCAAAAGACCAAUGAACAUGUUUGAUGUGCAUAAACUGCCGUUGAUCGGUAAGGAUAAAAAGAAAAUGGGAGAGAGAGGGAUGAAAUAGUGUCUCGUGAAAAUGGGCGUGGCUGGCAGGUAACCUGAACAGGUAACCUCAACUGAGCAAAAUUUAUCUCCUGGGCUUCCACUCAGCACUAAAUCGGACCAGAAGAUCCCUUUCUGAUAAUGGCUCUCCAGUAUUCAGAACCAGGCGGCAAAUCCGUUUAUAAUAAUACUUUCCAGGAACGCCGGCAAAUUCUCCCCAACCAAAAUUCAGACCAAGCUAUUUUUAUUUAUUUAUUUGGGGGAGAGGGAGGGUUCCUUUGGAGUUAGUUUGAUUUUGUUCUGAUGCAUUUCCUUUUGGAAUUUAAUGCCCCCCCCCCCAAAAAAAGCAUGGUUUGAAAGCGUCACCAGAACAGCUUCUAGCCUAGAAACGCAGACAAGAAUGUUAUGAUCAAUAAAAUAGGACAGGUUAUAAAAGAUCAGGACGGUUAAACUGAGUUGAUUUAAAAACCAAAUCCUAAACCCCUCCGACAACAUCACACAUAGCCACCAAAUCUUGGAUACACUUUGAGGACUUGAAGCUUAGAACUGAUGCGGAAGAAGACAAACGACUAGCUUCCCUAUGCGGUUCUGGGGGUUUAGGAGGGUUAGAAGUAAUGGGGGGGGUGGCAAUGUUUUUUUUCCUCCGUCCUUCACAAAAAUGCACCUGGAAGGACAUGCGUGGUAUGCUUAGACGUAGAGAUAUUGUGGGAUAACCAGCAGCGUGUUUAAAUCUAAUUAACACAGCAAAGGGUUAAUCCCAUAGAGUAAGCUGUGCUGCCAGGCUUAGCCUAGGUCACUUCCCCUCACCCUGGGAGGAAAUGGGUAAGCAAGCCGAUUGUUCACCCACCCACCCCCAGUCUACUGGAGAAGCUCAGCAUCAUAGCUGUCAACCGUCCCUUAUUUGGCGGGACAGUCCCUUAUCCCAGCGCCGUGUCCUGCUGCUGUCCCUUAUUGAUGAUGUCCCUUAAAUUUCCCGGGUUUCAAAGGAAGCAGCUCCUUUCCCUCCCUCCCUGCCGGCCAGGGAGGAGGGAGGCUCCAACUGUGUUGCUUGGCUGCGUUGCUCACCCAAUAAGGAGUCUAAGAACGACUAGGGGGUGGAGCUUGCAUGCCUUGUGCCGAUCAAAUCGGCUGCCUUGCCUGGGGAAACGCCCUUGCUCAGCGCUUCCCAGCGGAGAGGUAACGGUGGUUUUCCUUGCUGCAUCCCCUUUGCCUGGUUGCUGCGCUGUGGGAACCACUGCUUGAGGCUUCGUUUGGCUGCUGGCUGGGCUUUCUGCCUUUGGCUCGGAGGGGCUCAGAAGUUGAACAUACCUGUGCUUGGAAAAUCCCUUAUUUUGGCUGCUGGCCCCUUAUUUUUGAGGCUGCUGGUCCCUUAUUUUCGAGGCUGCUGGUCCCUUAUUGUCAAAUCUGUAAGUUGACAGCUAUGCUCAGCAUGUGAAAAAGUUUGAGCUGGUCGCUUCAGCUCGGCCGCAUGGCUUUCACAAGCCAUUCUUGAGUUCCAAUACCAACAAUUUAGGAACUUUCACCACUUUGGAACCGAACUAGGUCUUACUGCCUGUGCAACUUUCUGAAGCACAGGGGUCUGACCUUUGGAAAGUUGGCGAGCAAACCAUUUUUUAACUUACCAAACGUGUGGCGGAAGACGGAAACUUUGGAAAGAAUCUUUUUAAGGGAACUCACGCGAAAGAGCAUCUUUUAAAGCUUUUACAGCCUAUAUUUCCAUGUUUUACUUUGCUGCCGAGACUGGUGGGGCAGUGCUCCGUUCACUACAGUCGGGCACCCUCCCCAUUCAUUGUAAUGGCUGUCAUCGGCAGGAGUGCCAUUAUUACCUCCCCUUGGUGGCAAAAUAGAUAUCUUCCUAUAUGCAUAGAAAUGUAAUGCUGUCGUCUUAAAAAGCAGAGACAUCACCUUGCCAACAAAGGUCCCUAUAGUUCAAGCUAUGGUUUUCCCAAUAGUGAUGUAUGGAAGUGAGAGCUGGACCAUAAAGAAGGCUGAUCGCCAAAGAAUGGAUGCUUUUGAAUUCUGGUGUUGGAGGAGACUCUUGAGAGUCCCAUGGACUGCAAGAAGAUCAAACCUCUCCAUUCUGAAGGAAAUCAGCCCUGAGUGCUCACUGGAAGGACAGAUCCUGAAGCUGAGGCUCCAAGACUUUGGCCACCUCAUGAGAAGAGAAGACUCCCUGGAAAAGACCCUGAUGUUGGGAAAGAUGGAGGGCACAAGGAGAAGGGGAUGACAGAGGACGAGAUGGUGGGACAGUGUUCUCCAAGCUGCCAGCAUGAGUUUGACCAAACUGCGGGAGUCAGUGGAAGACAGGAGGGCCUGGUGUGCUCUGGUCCAGGGGGUCACGAAGAGUCGGACACGACUAAACAACAACGACAACCAGACCAAUGGCCUGUCUAGACUAGCAUGUGGUUCAGCCAAUCGGAUGUCCCCAGGAAGGCCACAAGAAGGUCUGAGAGCGUGGGGAAACCUUGAAUGGUUGCUGCCGCCCAGUGUAGGCAGUAUUGAGGAAGAUAGACCAAGGCUCUGGCUCACCACAAAGCAGCUUUCUCCGUUCCUAUGAAAGGUGAGGAAUGGUGUGAAUUUCCCCCUCUGUUUUUAUUCCGCUGCCCUCAUAUGGAUUCUGACGGGGCAGAGAUCUUGCUACUUAAAUCAGUUGGAUUCCCUCCCCCUCUUUCUUUUUCCUUUCUCCUCCUGUGAAGAGGCUGCAUCCUCAUGUUUUAAUAUUGUAUUUUAAUCUUUUAAAUUGUAUUUUAAUCAACUUGUUUUUCUUAUUGGUUGUUAGCAGCCCUGAGCCCGGUCUUGGCUGGGGAGGGCGGGGUAUAAAUAAAAAAAUAUUAUUAUUAUUAUUAAAUUGGUCUGUGAAACAACCAGCAGUAAAGUUAUGGAGGUAAAACAAUAUGUCCCAUAAUGAGCCACAGCAACUGUCCUUAUGCUCUUCCUUAUGUUGAAUCUCCCUAUGUUGUUGUUGUUUAGUCGUGUCCGCCUCUUCGUGACCCCCUGGACCAGAGCACGCCAGGCCCUCCUGUCUUCCACUGCCUCCCACAGUUUGGUCAGACUCAUGCUGGUAGCUUCAAAAACACUGUCCCACCAUCUCGUCCUCUGCCGUCCCCUUCUCCUUGUGCCCUCCAUCUUUCCCAGCAUCAGGGUCUUUUCCAGGGAGUUUUCUCUUCUCUUGAGGUGGCCAAAGUCUUGGAGCCUCAGCUUCAGGAUCUGUCCUUCCAGUGAGCACUCAGGGCUGAUUUCCUUCCGAAUGGAGAGGUUUGAUCUUCUUGCAGUCCAUGGGACUCUCAAGAGUCUCCUCCAGCACCAGAAUUCAAAAGCAUCCAUUCUUCGGCGAUCAGCCUUCUUUAUGGUCCAGCUCUCACUUCCAUACAUCACUACUGGGGAAACCAUAGCUUGAACUAUACGGACCUUUGUUGGCAAGGUGAUGUCUCUACUUGAAUCUCCCUAUGACGACCUGCAAAAACCAGGCGCGACUUCAACAGGCGAGGCGUUUCCUGCGACAACAACGCUUGAAACGGCAGAGAGUUCUACCUGUUGAAUUCUUGCCUUUGGCUGGAGUCGUUUUAAAGGCACGCGGAGGGGGGAGGAGGUGCCUAAUCACAACCUCCCCUCCCUCUCCCUUCACUUCCUUUAAAGGGUUAACAACAUAGCGCCCCCCCCUUCUUCAGAGCGGUAAUCCUUUUGAGGGUUAGCCUUUUCCCUCCCUCCCAGUCCUUUAACGGUUAAGGUUAAUCUCUCCUCUCCCGGCUCUCCAGACCUUUAAAGGAUUAUUCCGCCCCCCGCCCCCACCCAGACCUUUGAAGGUUCAACCAAUUUCCCACCCACCCCCCACUGAUAUCCCCCCCCUUAGCACUGCAAGGUUUUAAAGGACUAAGUCCAUUACCAUUCUGCCAGCGCUCCAGAGCUGCAAGGGUUAAUCCAACCCGCCCCCCCCCAGUUCAGACCUUAAUCCAAAUUCCUUCUGAAAUUUCUUAAUACGUGGUGGGUGUUGUUUUUUAAAAGACUAAUUGUACCGCUCUCGUCCUGUCAAGGGUUAACCCAGUUUGCAAACACAUGAAAAUCAACCCACCCCUCCAGUCCUUCAAGGGUUAAACAACACCCUCUUCUCAUCAGGCUCUAAUAAUAAUAAUAAUAAUAAUAAUAAUAGUUGAACUAAUUCCCUCCCCCCUCCGGGCCUUGAAGGGUUAAGCGACCCCUCUCCUGUCUUCUCUGACACUUUUAAGGGUUAAUUUUCUCCCUCCUCCUUCUAGGUCGUUUGAGGGUUAAGCAACACAACACCGCCUUUUUAAAGGGUAACGCAAUUGUGUUGAACCAAUCCCCCCGCCCAUUUCUGUCCAAGCUUUUAAGGGUUAAACCAAUUCUCCCCUCUUCUCCUGCUCAAGACCUUUAAGGGUUAAGCGACACCCUUUGGCCCUUUUAAGGGUUAAAACUCAUUCUCCCUCACUGGCCCUUUAAGGGUUAAGCGACACCCUCUGGCCCUUUUAAGGGUUAAAACUCAUUCUCCCUCACUGGCCCUUUAAGGGUUAAACGACACCCUCUGGCCCUUUUAAGGGUUAAAACUCAUUCUCCCUCACUGGCCCUUUAAGGGUUAAGCGACACCCUCUGGCCUUUUUAAGGGUUAAAACUCAUUCUCCCUCGCCAGCCCUUUAAGGGUUAAGCAACACCCUCUGGCCCUUUUAAGGGUUAAAACUCCUUCUCCCUCACUAGCCCUUUAAGGGUUCAGCGACACCCUCUGGCCCUUUUAAGGGUUAAAACUCAUUCUCCCUCGCUAGCCCUUUAAGGGUUAAGCGACACCCUCUGGCCCUUUUAAGGGUUAAAACUCCUUCUCCCUCACUAGCCCUUUAAGGGUUAAGCGACACCCUCUGGCCCUUUUAAGGGUUAAAACUCAUUCUCCCUCGCUAGCCCUUUAAGGGUUAAGCGACACCCUCUGGCCCUUUUAAGGGUUAAAACGCCUUCUCCCUCGCUAGCCCUUUAAGGGUUAAGCGACACCCUCUGGCCCUUUUAAGGGUUAAAACUCCUUCUCCCUCGCUAGCCCUUUAAGGGUUAAGCGACACCCUUUGGCCCUUUUAAGGGUUAAAACUCCUUCUCCCUCACUAGCCCUUUAAGGGUUAAGCGACACCCUUUGGCCCUUUUAAGGGUUAAAACUCAUUCUCCCUCACUGGCCCUUUAAGGGUUAAGCGACACCCUCUGGCCCUUUUAAGGGUUAAAACUCCUUCUCCCUCGCUGGCCCUUUAAGGGUUAAGCGACCCCUCUGCCCCUUUAAAGGGUUAAAACUCCUUCUCCCUCGCUAGCCCUUUAAGGGUUAAGCAACACCCUCUGCCCCUUUAAAGGGUUAAAACUCCUUCUCCCUCGCUGGCCCUUUAAGGGUUAAGCAACACCCUCUGCCCCUUUAAAGGGUUAAAACUCCUUCUCCCUCCUGGCCCUUUAAGGGUUAAGCGACACCCUCUGCCCCUUUAAAGGGUUAAAACUCCUUCUCCCUCGCUGGCCCUUUAAGGGUUAAGCAACACCCUCUGCCCCUUUAAAGGGUUAAAACUCCUUCUCCCCUGUUACCCCUUAAGGGGAAAAAAAUCUCCCUCUCCUCCUCCUCUGGCCCUUUGAAGGGUUAAAACCCAUUCCCACCUUUUUCCCCUCCAGCCUUUUAUGGGUUAAUCCAAUUUUCUCCUCUCCCGUCGCUCCGAGUCCCCCGAAAGGGUUAACCAAAAAAAAAUCUCUUUCUCUCUCCACACUCCCCCCUCCUCCCCCGCCUCUUGGCUACCCCGCGUCCUUCCAGAUUGACACAUUUUCUACGGGCGGCCGCUUCGGACCAAUGGCAAGCCCCCUCUCCCCACCCCACGUGGGGACCGAGCGCUUUCCCCCCCCACCCUUGCCUCCCGAUUGGCUGCGGCGCGCCGGACUGUAGCGAAAGAGAAGCAGCCAGACCCCACGUGGAGCUUGGCGCUCGUUCAUUGAUCGCCCUCCCCCGCAAGGCUGCUGUGUGGGGGGUGGCGGGGGGGGGGAGGAAGAGAGAGAGGAAGAGAGAGAGAGAGGAGGGAGAGGGGGGAGAGGGGGGGUUUCUCACACCCAUUCAAGGCAACGGGCCUGCGUCCCACCCACCCACCUUUCUAGGCUCCUGGGGGCCCGAUCCUGGCUUGCAGUGGUUUGGUGAGUGCCUUUAUCGGAGGGGGGGGGCUGAGGUUUGAUGGGGGGGGGCGUUAGCCGAGGGGAAGAAGGCGGGAGGGGCCUUUUCCUCAUGUCUGAUUCCCACCCCCCCCCUUCUCUCUUCCUACCUGCUAGAAAAAGAAGGAGACCCUUUUGUUCGGCCUGGGAGAUCAUAAAUGAGGACGGGGUGGGUGGGGGGGGGGGCGGGUGGAAUUUUGGCGAGGGUGGGGGGCGCGGUGAGAGGGAGGGCUGCAAGCCGCCAGAGGAGGAAAUGGGAUCUAUUCUUCUUUUUCUUUUAUUUGGGGGGGGGGCUAAUGAGAGUUUCUUGGGCAGUUAAAAAGAGAGAGACUCAAAACGGGCAUUUGGUGAGGUGGGGAGAACUUGAUGGAGGGGGUUACUUUAAGCAGAGCAUUGGGGGGGGUUGUUGAGGGGGGGAGAAGUUUUCUCCCUGGUUGUGGUCUAAUUGUCCUUUCCUAGGGUUUUAUGCUGCUUUCUGCCUCCCCCCCCCAAAAAAAAAUACCCAUUUGCGUCUAUUUGAUUUCCCCCUCUUCUCUGCCCCCACACCUGCCAAGUCACCUGUAUUUCCCUGAGGGUGAGGACCACCUAGUUGUGGGGGGGAGCGCUCAUUUUUUCUUGGGAGCCACCCCCCCCAAACCAACCACUGCCAACUGCUACCCAGGGUUUUAAACUUUUGCUUAACCUCCUUCCUUCCUUGCUGCCCCCUCCCAAGCCGAAGGAAUUAAGAGGCUGCCCUUGAGCAUGUGCAAAGUGCAUUCCCAUCACUUGCCCUUGAGCAUGUGCAAAGUGCAUUCCCAUUGCUUGCCCUUGAGCAUGCGCAAAGUGCAUUCCUAUCCCCCACGCUGUUAGAGGGAAGCAAGUGUCAAAAAGGGCAUUUUCCCUGUUUGGAGAUCUGAUCCUAUUUUUGAGUGGGAAAGGGGGCCCCCCAAGAGUCAUUUAGCGCGUGAACCGCAAGGAAAGAUAGCUCAGUUGGUGAGAGCUGGAUGCUGAUAAACGCCAAGGUUGUGGGUUCGAUUCCCCGUAAGGGACAGAAUUCUGCAUAUUCCUGCCUCCAUUCGGAAAAGACUUAUUGGGAAUAAAAAACACAGCAAACGUGCAAAUCAGGGUUGCUAUUGGGGGUGUAUAUAUCUGGGACGUGGAUGGUGCUGUGGGUUAAACCACAGAGCCUAGGGCUUGCCGAUCAGAAGGUCAGCGGUUCGAAUCCCCGCAAUGACGGGGUGAGCUCCCGUUGCUCGGUCCCUGCUCCUGCCAACCUAGCAGUUCGAAAGCACAUCAAAGUGCAAGUAGAUAAAUAGGUACCACUCUGGCGGGAAGGUAAAUGGCGUUUCCGUGCGCUGCUCUGGUUCGCCAGAAGUGGCUUAGUCCUGCUGGCCACAUGACCCGGAAGCUGUACGCUGGCUCCCUCGGCCAGUAAAGCGAGAUGAGCGCCACAACCCCAGAGUCGUCCACGACUGGACCUAAUGGUCAGGGGUCCCUUUACCUUAUAUCUGGGCGUACAUUAGGGCCAGUGGGACUGUCCCAACUGGGCACCAGACAACCCUACUGGUUGGUUGGGAAUGUAAUGGGGUUGCUUUACAGAGGGGCCCCAAGUCUUUGCCUGACCACAAAUUCCCCCCAAAAUCCCAAGUGGAUUCGAAGAUGCCCAGGGACUCCAGGUAUGCUGAUCUAAGUUGUAAGGGAUUGACAACAAAAUCCAGUGCCCCAAAGCGUCCCUUCCUCUCUGGGUGCCCCAUUUCUCCCAAUACAGGGCCUGAUCAACCCUUUCCUUUUAUGGUCCUUCCCCGCAAUCCCCACUCCUUGCAAAGCCAAGCAGGGUCCGGUGAGGUUGCAAUUCUGCGUCCAGGGCGGCUGUCUACCAGAUCUACCUGUUACGCAGGAUGAGACCCUACCUGCCCGCAGACUGUCUGCCCAGAGUGGUGCAUGCUCUGGUUAUCUCCCGCUUGGACUACUGCAAUGCGCUCACCGUGGGGCUGCCUUUGAAGGUGACCCGGAAACUGCAACUAAUCCAGAAUGUGGCAGCUAGACUGGUGACUGGGAGCUGCCACCGGGACCAUAGAACACUGGUCCUGAAAGAUAUUCAUUGGCUGCCAGUAUGUUUCCGAGCGCAAUUCAAAGUGUUGGUGCUGACCUUUAAAGCCCUAAACAGCCUCAGCCCAGUAUACCUGAAGGAGCGUCUCCACCCCCAUCAUUCUGCCCGGACACUGAGGUCCAGCUCCGAGGGCCUUCUGGCGGUUCCCUCCCUGCGAUAAGUUACAGGGAACCAGGCAGAGCCUUCUUGGUGGUGGCGCCCACCCUGUGGAACGCCCUCCCAUCAGAUGUCAAGGAAACAAACAACUACCUGACUCUUAGAAGACAUCUGAAGGCAGCCUAGUUGAGGGAAAUUUUUAAUGUUUGUUGUGUUUUUAUAUUACAUUGGCCUCUCUUUUUCAACAAUGAGGACUGGAAUCUUACAUGAUCUUUAGGAGAAGGACCGUGGUUUCAGUGCUCUGGAGACAGGGGCUCCCAGAUUCAGUUCCCUGAGGCGUCCCUGCAAGCCAGAAUAGGCAGUAUGGUGCUAUAUGGACCAAGGACCCGACUCUCUGUACCCUAAGUCCUUUUUCUGAGGCAACCCUCUUCCAGCUGAGCUGCCAGUCCUGAGUUCGAAUCCCCCCCCAAAACCAGGAAUUCAAACACCUACUGUGUGGUUUUGGCUUCGGUCUGGAUGCAAUCCUGCACCCUGUUUACUAGGGAGUGAGGUCAUUUCUCAGUCAUUGGCUCUCUUUUAACCCAUUCAUAAGAGCCGCUUCUUAUCUGCGUCGGGAAUGCAAACCUUUCCCGGUUUUUGCUAAAAAAGCCCGCCAGCAAAAAUACUCUCCUCCUUCCUCUCUGUCAGCCCCAGGCACCGCUGUGCAGGGGUAACGAAAAUAAUAUUCCACACUGAGCAUGCUCCAGCAGAGACGAUUUCCCUCUUAAGUAGAACACCCACCUGCAGGGGCAGUCUAUCUUUAUAUACCAUCUGGUGGCAAGAGAGGGAAAACAACCAGCAACGGUGGCUUUCUCCCCUUGUGGGCUGCCCAUGGUUUGAAACUGGAUAAUGUUGGGAGCCGCCCAGAGUGGGCGGGGUUUAAUCAAUCAAUCAAUCAAUCAAUCAAUUAAUUAAUUAAUAUUAAUAAUAAUAAUUUAUUUGUGCCCCGCCCAUCUGGCUGGGUUUCCCCAGCCACUCUGGGCAGCUUCCACAGAGACCAAAAAUACACUAAAAUGUCACACACUAAAAACUUCCCUGAACAGGGCUGCCUUAAGAUGUCUUCUGAAUGUCAGGUAGUUAUUUUUCUCUUUGACAUCUGGUGGGAGGGCGUUCCACAGGGCGGGCGCCACCACUGAGAAGGCCCUCUGCCUGGUGCCCUGUAACUUGGCUUCUCGCAAUGGGGGAACCGCCAGAAGGCCCUCGGAGCUGGACCUCAGUGUCCGGGCUGGAUGAUGGGGGUGGAGACGCUCCUUCAGGUCUACUGGACCAAGGCCUUUUAGGGCUUCAAAGGUCAGCACCAACACUUUGAAUUGUGCUCGGAAACAUACUGGAAGCCAAUGUAGGUCUUUCAAGACCGGUGUUAUGUGGUCUCGGCAGCCGCUCCCAGUCACCAGUCUAGCUGCCGCAUUCUGGAUUAGUUGUAGUUUCCAGGUCACCUUCAAAGGCAGCCCCACGCAGAGCGCAUGGCAGUAGUCCAAGCGGGAGAUAACCAGAGCAUGGACCACUCUGGAGAGACAGUCCGCAGGCAGGUAGGGUCUUAUCCUGCAUACCAGAUGGAGCUGAUAAACAGCUGCCCUGGAUACAGAAUGGACCUGCACCUCCAUGGACAGCUGUGGGUCCAAAAUGACUCCCAGGGUGCGCACCUUGUCCUUCAGGGGCACAGUUACCCCAUUCAGGACCAGGGAGUCCUCCACACCAGCCCGCCCCCUGUCCCCCCAAAACAGUACUUCUGUCUUGUCAGAAUUAUUAUUAUUAUUAUUAUUUAUUAUUUAUUAUUUAUUAUUAUUACUUGGCAACAUCAGCACCAUGCGCUAACCAACGCAAGUGGAAUUGGCCUGCUUUGGAUCUGCGAUUUGGUGGGUGCUGUUGGCGCCACUGAAGGGAACAAUAAGAUUGCAGGAUUUGGGGUGGAAGUCUGCCACCUGUCCCAAAAUGCGGGCUUGUAAGACCCUUCCCCAAAUGACCAAUUUAAUCUGCAUGAAGUCUGCCUCGCUGAUCUGGCCCCCCCAGGCUUGAGAAAAGAUACACUUUACAUGCCCAGAGGCGCUCUUGUUGUAUUAAAAUAUUUUAACUGAAGUGUAGGGGGGUUUUUUUUAUGCACGGAGAGAAAAAAUUAUGGGAUUGGAGCCCUGAUUCAGCCCCCACCCCUUUUCUGCAGAGAAAACCCCCCCACAAGGACACGAGGAGAAAUUAGUGCGCCUUGCAAGGUGCAUUCGCUCAGUAUGGGGUUAAUAAUGCAGGACGUGGGUGGCGUUGUGGGUUAAAUCACAGAGCCUAGGACUUGCUGAUCAGAAGGUCGGCGGUUCGAAUCCCUGUGACGGGGUGAGCUCCCAUUGCUCGGUCCCUGCUCCUGCCAACCUAGCAGUUCGAAAGCACGUCAAAGUGCCAAGUAGAUAAAUAGGUACCGCUCUGGCGGGAAGGUAAAUGCCAUUUCCGUGCGCUGCUCUGGUUCGCCAGAAGCGGCUUAGUCAUGCUGGCCACAUGACCCAGAAGCUGUACGCCGGCUUCCUCGGCCAAUAAAGCGAGAUGAGCGCCGCAACCCCAGAGUCGGCCACGACUGGACCUAAUGGUCAGGGGUCCCUUUACCUUACCCCGCAAGGGUGGCACUUGUAGGAUAAGAGCAAGGCAGUGCGUUUGACAUGCUCUUAUAUAAAGUGGUAAUUAAGGCUGCGAUUCUAUGCGCAACUUGAGCAUAAAUGCCCCUGUGACAAACCAGGAGUUCUGGAUGAAACAUGCUGUACAGCAGGGGUCAGCAAACUUUUUCAGCAGGGGGCUGGUCCGCUGUCCCUCAGACCUUGUGGGGGGCCGAACUAUAUUUUGGGGAAAAAAAUAAUAAUGAAUGAAUUCCUAUGCCCCACAAAAAGCCCAGAGGUGCAUUUUAAAUAAAAGCACACGUUCCACUCAUGUAAAAACACCAGGCAGGCCCCACAAAUAACCCAGAGAUACAUUUUAAAUAAAAGGACACAUUCUACUCAUGUAAAAACGCGCUGGUUCCCGGACCGUCCGUGGGCCGGAUUUGGAAGACGAUUGAGCCGGAUCGGGCCCCCGGGACUUAGUUUGCCUACUCAUGCUCAGUCUACACAUCUCCGAAAGUUCCUAGCCUGAUUUAAUCACUACCAGCCAAUGGCAGUCUUAAUUUCUACUUUUUAAUUAUAAUUUCUCCCUUUGCACCUGCAAAUUCACAACAACAAAAAACCACAAAAAACAGCUGUACUGUGUGAUCGCUUGCGGUCCAUUCUUGUUCGCCAUAGGUGACCAGGUAAGUCCCCCGUUACCUGGGAAGAGGGGCGGACUAUUAAAUCGCUUUGGGAACUGUAGCGCUAUGAGGAGUAAUGGGGGUGUGUGUCUCUUAAUAACUUUCAGCACCCUGAGCAAACUACAGUUCCCAAGAUUAAAAAAAAAAUAUUGAGGGUUGUUUAAAGUGGGACGAUCAGGCUUCAACCGCGCAUUGCAGGUGGCGGCCUAAGCCAAACCUGGAUUUCAGCGGGUCUACUCUUGAGUAAGGCUUGACCAGGUGCAGCCCAUCGGUUCCCGGUUCAAAAUUUGCUUCCCAACAGGUGACCAGGGGUUGGUUCGUAGUGGAAAAACAGAAUCGAAAGCGACUUUGCAGAAACAACAUUCCUAUGGUUUUGCUCGAAGGAUGUUCCCUCAAAACCGGCCACCGGUGAGUUUAUCCCCGAUUGUGGAAAAUGUCUGUUUCUUAAUUCUUUGGAAAGGGAGGAAGCCGCCGACCCGUCUUAAACACAAUCCGUUUUGAACUGAUUUUCGCCUUUCAAAAUGCUAACGACCAACAAAUUUCACAUGCUGCAAACUUGCGCAGUUAACUGUUUUUUUGUGUGUAUGUGUGCAGUGAGGAGAGGUUUUGUAAAGGCCUUUUUUUGGACAGUACUCUCCCCUGUUUGUGAUCAAACCAGGGAUAUUCAGAUUUUUUCGGUAAUAAAACAACAGAGCGAAAAGAGAUCUAUCUAUAUAUUUCUGCCCCCCCCCCCCAAGAUAUAAAUAAACAAGUAUCGGUCACUGGUUCUGUGUUUUAUGAUCUUUUAUUUUAUUUUGUUGUACGCUGCUGUUUAUAUUGAUAUCAAUAUCCAUAUCGUUACAUAUAUAUAAAUAUAUAAAGGAGUUGUUGGUUUAGAAAUAUUUUGAUCUGUAAACAAAACUACUUGAAGCUGCAAACACCAUGUUUCCUUAAUUGAUUUGCAAUAAAACCACAGAAUGGUUUAUAUCAAUCAAGCGAUCAACUUUCUCCCUGCAAGAGGGCCAUCUUCCCAGGGGAGUUAAAUCUGGUGGGGGCCGCAUCCCAAAGUUUCUGCCCCCUCCCAUUCUCUCAUUUCCUGCCUAGCAGGGUAGAGCUAGGUCCCAGGUCGCUGUGAUUUUUAGCUCUAGGUUAUCAGGCAACAAUGGACGCGGGUGGCGCUGUGGGUUAAACCACAGAGCCUAGGACUUGCCGAUCAGAAGGUUGGCGGUUCGAAUCCCCGCAAUGACGGGGUGAGCUCCCGUUGCUCGGUCCCUGCUCCUGCCAACCUAGCAGUUUGAAAGCACGUCAAAAUGCAAGUAGAUAAAUAGGUAUCGCUGCAGCGGGAAGGUAAACGGCGUUUCCGUGCACUGCUCUGGUUCGCCAGAAGCAGCUUAGUCCUGCUGGCCACAUGACCUGGAAGCUGUACGCUGGCUCCCUUGGCCAAUAAAGCGAGAUGAGCGCCGCAACCCCAGAGUACGUCACGACUGCACUUAAUGGACAAUCUCUCUCUGAGGUUGGGCGACCGCUUGUUUUGGUGGGGUUGGUCUGGAUGUCCUCUGGGGGGCCCUCCGUCUACGCUGCACUGUGAGCACUCCUAAGACCCGGUGAGCUCCUGUUUCCUUACAGUCCGACGUCGGUGGUGAUUGGCCUUUCCGCUACCUGUCUCUCCCAGGGUCACCUGCAGGCAGCGCCCGUGGUCACUGCUGCCGCGACCAGCGUCGUCUCGACGGCCCCCCAGUCCUUGAAGUUGACUUACCCAGAGAUUUUGGACCGGAUCAAGGAGGAAUUCCAGUUCUUGCAAAACCAGUACCACAGGUAAAACGGCCAGGUUCUUUUUUGUGGUGGGUGGGGUUCAUAAUGACCUAUCUAUGUAAUUCUAAUACAAUGAUACCUUGGGUUUCAUACGCUUCAAGUUACAGACGCUUCAGGUUACAGAUUCUGCAACCCAGAAAUAGUGCUUCAGGUUAAGAACUUUGCUUCAGGAUGAGAACAGAAAUCGUGCUCCGGCGGCACGGCAGCAACAGGAGGCCCCAUUAGCUAAAGUGGCGCUUCAGGUUAAGAACAGUUCCAGGUUAAGUAUGGACCUCCGGAAUGAAUUAAGUACUUAACCCGAGGUACCACUGUAGUAUAACCCAGGGGUCGGCAAGGGGUCGGAUCCUCCGCGGGCCGGACCGGCGCAGCACGACGCCAGAAAUUGUGUCUGCGCAUGCCCAGACGCUGAAAAUCGCACCUGUGCAGAAGCGAUUGCGCAGACGCUAUUUCCGGCACCUGGGCAUGCACAGAAGCGAUUUCCGGCACUGCGGACAUGUGCAGAUGCGUUUUCCAGCUUCUGGGCAUGCGCAGAAGCGAUUUCCGGUGCCGUGGACAUGAGCAGACAUGAUUUUUGGCGUCUGGGCAUGCGCAGAAGCAAUUUCCGGCGCAGCAGACAUGCGCAGAUGUGAUUUCUGGCUAUGGGCAUGCGCAGAUGCGAUUUCCGGCGUCUGGGCAUGCGCAGAAGCGAUUUCCGGCAUCUGUGCAUGCGCAGAAGCGAUUUCUGGCACCACGGACAUGCGCAGACACGAUUUCUGGUGCCGUGGACAUGCGCAGACAUGAUUUCUGGCAUCUGGGCAUGUGCAGAAGCGAUUUCCGGCGUCUGGGCAUGCACAGAAGUGAUUUCUGGUGCCGUGGACAUGCGCAGACGCGAUAUCCGCCGCCGUGGACAUGCGCAGACGCGAUUUCCACCGCCGCGGACAUGAACAGACACGAUUUCUGGCGUCUGGGCAUGCGCAGAAGCGAUUUCUGGAGCCACAGAAGAGAGUCCCCGUGCCAUGCUGCGCUGGUUUAGCGCAGUGCACGGGGACUCACUGAGCGGGCGGCUCAGUUUGGGGGCAGUUCGUGGGCCGGUUAAACAGCCUCCGUGGCCGCUUCCGGCCAUGGGCCUUAGGUUGCUGACCCCUGGUAUAACCAGAUCAGUAAUUUUUGAUAUAAUUUUUGAUCUUCCCAUGUCCAUUCCCUUCUCUUUGCAGCUUGAAACUGGAAUGUGAGAAACUCGCCACGGAAAAAACAGAAAUCCAGAGGCAUUAUGUCAUGGUAAGCGCCGUACAGGGGCAAAUGUGGGGUUUUGGGGGGUGUGGAAGGCUUGGAUGAUGGUGUAAAGAGGGUCCCUAAGCCGUGGCGCAGGUGGCGCUGUGGGUUAAACCACAGAGCCUCGGACUUGCUGAUCAGAAGGCCGGCGGUUUGAAUCCCCGCAAUGACGGGGUGAGCUCCCGUUGCUCGGUCCCUGCUCCUGCCAACCUAGCAGUUCGAAAGCACGUCAAAGUGCAAGUAGAUAAAUAGGUACCGCUCCGGCGGGAAGGUAAACGGUGUUUCCGUGCGCUGCUCUGGUUCGCCAGAAGCGGCUUAGUCCUGCUGGCCACAUGACCCGGAAGCUGUACGCCGGCUCCCUCGGCCAGUAAAGCAAGAUGAGCGCCGCAACCCCAGAGUCGGCCACGACUGGACCUAAUGGUCAGGGGUCCCUUUACCUUUACCUUUAAGCUGUGACUUACCGCACUCUUAUAUGCACAGGAACUGUUCCCUUUCUUAAGAAAAAUAAAAUAAAAAUCUUUGUUUUGCAGUACUACGAAAUGUCCUACGGUUUGAACAUCGAAAUGCACAAACAGGUACAUUUAUUUAUAGAUGUGUUUGUGUAUGUAUGUGUUUGGCUCUGAUCCGAUAAGGCCCCUCCGUGUGUAGGGGGAAGCAAAAUCACGCAGGGUCUCUGCCCCAAAGAUCUUCCAAUCUAGACAGCAAGAGAGCCCUGCUGAGAAUAGCAAGUUUUGGCGUCUGCUUCCGAGCCCCACAACCUUGAGGACACUUGAAGGGGGGUGUACAAAUGUAACGGACGAUGGUAAUCAAUAAUAAUCAAUAUCCAAGGAAGAGCUAUGGGGCCUACUCUGUUUCCUAGGGCUGCCGUACGCCCGUGUUUUCCUGGGAAUCAGACCGCAUAAUGGCGCCCGGCCUUAUUUUAUCUCUCAUUUUCCAAACAAAUUUACGCAUCUAAUUUAAGUUACCAAAUAUGAAUAUCGAACCCAUUCCCCUUCGCCUCUCUGGAGUCGCUUAUGCCCGAUAUUGCCGCAUAUCCCAUUUAUUUAAUUAUUUAUUUUAAAAUAAUUUUUAUUGAAUGAUUUUAUGUUACAAAAAAAAACAAUACAGCCAUACUACCACUAAAUAUAAUUGAGAAAUAAAAAUUACAUACAUCAAUAUUUAGUUUGUUAUUUGUUAUUUACCGUCUUAUUUCCUCCCAAACAUUGCAUAUAACAACACACAUAUGUGCAGACAUCCGCACACCCACACAUGCACACAAAAUGAUAAUAAUGAAAGUAAAUAUUUUUCCCCCUUUUAUCUUCCAAAAUCUUUUCUUCAACUUUGACUUCCUGUCAAGUCCCUUUGCAUAAAUUUUAUCUUACAUUUGAAUGUACACGAAACAAUAAACCUUUCUAUAUAAAUUUUCCAAUAUAUUCUGAAAACAUAAUAAAUCCUUAAUUGUUGUUCACCUCUUUUUAGUUCCUUUAUCACUCGAAUGCUAGCAUGGAGUCAAAACUAUUAUUGUAUUUUUGAACAUAUCUUCUAAAACCAUCCCAUUUUUCCGCAAAUUUUUGCUUUAAGUUUCCUCUGAGUUUACUAGUCAGUUGAGCCGUCUCCGCCGCAUAUCCGAUUUAAAUCUAUUUAUUAUUUGUCCUUUUCCGCUCAAUUCAAAUUAUUAUUUGGCUGCUUGUUUUAAAUCCACCCCUGCUGGCGUUUUAAAGCUGUUUACAAUUUUCUUGGGCCUGCCAACUGUAGAAGCAUGGCGAGUGUUGUGCGAGAGAGCAGGGCCUUUUCUGUGGCUGCCCCCAGAUUGCAGCAUCACUUCCCGAGAGAAGUUAAGACUGGCUCCCUCCUUGCUGUGCUUUUGAUGGCCUAGAAUAGCUGCAAAACAAGCUUAGGCAAAUUCUGGGAGGAGGAGGCGACAAACAAUGGCUGCGUUCUCCCUCCACCGUUCAGAGGCAGCAAUCGCCUCUCAACGCUCCUCUUCCGACCUUUCCCAGAGGCAUUAAUGUGUUGCAUUUGUGGUUCACCUACAAGGAGCCCCAGGUGACGUCCCCACCUGUGCCCCCCCCCUUGCAAUUUCAUCCAAAAAACAGCCUUGUUCUCCCAAAAAACAGGGAGAGGAGCUGCUUCCUUUGAAACCCGGGAAAUUUAAGGGACAUUAUCCAUAAGGGACAGCAGCGGGACACAGCGCUGGGAUGAGGGACUGUCCCGCCAAAUAAGGGACGCUUGACAACUAUGCGCACAAGGGACCAAGCCAUAGCUGUCAACUUUCCCCUUUUCUUACGAGGAAUCCUAUUCGGAAUAAGGGAAUUUCCCUUUAAAAAAGGGAAACGUGGACAGCUAUGGGGGACCGAGCGGGUUAGGAUUCAAACCCUGCUCCCCGUCCCCCCGAUACUCUCAAACAGGGGUCAGCAAACUUUUUCAGCAGGGGGCCGGUCCACUGUCCUUCAGACCUUGUGGGGGGCCGGACUGUAUUUUGGAAAAGAAAAAAAUAAUAAUGAACGAAUUCCUAUGCCCCACAAAUAACCCAGAGAUGCAUUUUAAAUAAAAGCACACAUUUUAAUAUUUUAAUGUGGCAUUUUAAUUUUGUUUUUAAGUUGUAUUCAUUCAACUUGUUUUUAUUACUGCUUGUUAGCCGCCCUGAGCCCGGCCUUGGCUGGGGAGGGCGGGAUAUAAAUAAAAACUAUUAUUAUUAUUAUUACUCAUGUGAAAACACCAGGCAGGCCCUGCAAAUAACCCAGAGAUGCAUUUUAAAUAAAAGGACACAUUCUACUCGUGUAAAAACACGCUGAUUCCCGGACCGUCCGGGGGCUGGAUUUAGAAGGCGAUUGGGCCGGAUCUGGCCCCCGGGCCUUAGUUUGCCUACCUCUGCUCUUAAACCACCUUGCUCUGCCCUGGCACCUGGUGCCUGCCCAGAGGAGGGUGUGUGUGUGUGUGUGUCUGUGUGUGGGAAGACCCCCGCUGUCCGAUCUGGGCAGAAGCCCAUGCAUGUCUCAGUACCAUCUGGCAGAACCCUCCAUCUGGUCUUUUUUCCGACUUGUCCUCCUCCCCACAACGCUUCGUCUUUUUAAUUUCGCUCCCUCGUCGAAUUUGCUCUCUCCACACCCCACAACCGCUGCCCCCCCCUUGUUCAUUUCCUCUGGCAAGAUUUACAGCUGACUUCAGGUGCUGCUGGCCGGCUGCCAGCAGCCUGUCUGCGCUCCUCGGGGGGGGGUUUCCCCCCCUCCUUCUCGCUGUCCCCCCAAACCCUCACCUUUUAACAAGGGCUCAUAACUCUGAGCUCUUGACAGUCCCUGCGUGACAAAUAGGAGCCGGGCUUUUGCGCGGACGGCCGCUUUGGGAGUUAUCGCCUUGCCCGUGCCGACGGAUCCUUCUUGCUCAGCUCCAACCCACAAACUUCUCCUUUUUUUCCAAUUUUUUAAAAUUAAUUUGCCAAUUUUUUUAAAAAAACAAAUAAACAAAGAUACAUACAUCCUAAGGUAAAGGUAAAGGGACCCCUGACCAUUAGGUCCAGUCGUGGAUGACUCUGGGGUUGCGGCGCUCAUCUCGCUUGAUUGGCCGAGGGAGCCGGCGUCCAGCUUCUGGGUCAUGUGGCCAGCAGGACUAAGCCGCUUCUGGUGUACCAGAGCAGCGCACGGAAAUGCCGUUUACCUUCCCGCCGGAGCAGUACCUAUUUAUUUGCACUUUGACGUGCUUUCGAACUGCUAGGUGGGCAGGAGCAGGGACAGAGCUACGCGGAGAUUUGAACCGCCAGCCUUCUGAUCGGCCAGCCCUAGGCUCUGUGGUUUAGACCACAGCGCCACCCGCGUCCCAUUUAGGAACAGUUAAAAGGUAAAGGGACCCUUGACCAUUAGGUCCAGUCACGGCCGACUCUGGGGUUGCGGCGCUCAUCUCGCUUUAAUGGCUGAGGGAGCCGGUGUACAGCUUCCGGGUCAUGUGGCCAGCAUGAUUAAGCCGCUUCUGGCAAACCAGAGCAGCGCACGGAAACGCCGUUUACCUUCCCUCUGGAGUGGUACCUAUUUAUCUACUUGCACUUUGAUGUGCUUUCGAACUGCUAGGUUGGCAGGAGCAGGGACCAACCUUACUGCGCGCUUGUGAAACGUGGACCACUUAUAAACGCCAUCUCCAACUCCUUGGAAGAUUCCAUCAGCGGUGUCUCUGAAAAUUUUGACACAUCCCUUGGGAAGACGGGUGAACUAAUGCCAGUGUACUGGAAGAAGCAAAGAUCACCUGUGUCAAAGCAAUGAUUCUUCAACAUCCACUUCGUUGGACUGGCCUGAUUAUCGACUGGACUGCGGAUGCCUGAUUAUCAUCUUCCAAAGCAACUACUCUGUUCCCAACUUAAAAAUGGAAAGUGUAAUGCCGGUGGUCAACAAAAGAGGUUUAAAGACUUUCUCAAGGCAAAUCUAAAAAAAUGUAGUAUAAACACGGACAACUGGGAAACACUUUACCAAAGGUGUCAUGGGCUUUGAAGACACUUGAACUCAGGACACAAGGGAGAAACGUGCUAAGAGGAAGGCACGCUUGGCAAAUCCACAGCAGCAUCAACUCCCGCCCGGAAACUCCAAUUCAAAGUGUUGGUGCUGACCUUGAAAGCCCUAAAUGGCCUUGGUCCUGUAUACCUGAAGGAGCGUCUCCACCCCCAUUGUUCUGCCCGGACACUGAGGUCCAGCUCUGAGGGCCUUCUGGUGGUUCCCUCCCUGCGAGAAGUGAGGUUACUGGGAACCAGGCAGAGGGCCUUCUCGGUGGUGGCACCCAUCCUCUGGAACGCCCUCCCACCAGAUGUCAAAGAGAAAAAGAACUGCCAAACUUUUAGAAGACAUCUGAAGGCAGCCCUGUUUAGGGACGCUUUUAAUGUUUGAUGUUUUAUUUUGUUUUUAAUAUUCUGUUGGGAGCCACCCAGGGUGGCUGGGGAAACCCAGCCAGAUGGGCAGGGUUUAAAUAAUAAAUUGUUGUUGCUACUUAGGAAGUGUGAGGUUCUGGGUUCAAAUUCCAAACAAGCCCCGCUCAGCGUGGUCAGAUAGUUCCAUGGGGGAACACAACCUGGUUUUGUACACUGAAACUCCUGAGUUUGUGCCCUGACAUCGCCAAUAUUAUUAUCUUUUAAUCCGGCGGCGGCAGGGGCUAUAUUCAGACAUGACUUUUACCCCAAAAGGCCGCCCUUUUCCCUUCCUGCUGUGGACAUCAGUAUUUGCCAAUGCAACGCUCCGCUGUGGCUUCACACAAACGCAGCCCAAAUCCCAGUUUCUGGUCUGCAGAUUAAUUUUACCCGUAGCCUAAGUAUUUAUUUAUUGGGACGCAGGUGGCGCUGUGGGUUAAACCAUAGAGCCUAGGACUUGCCGAUCAGAAGGUUGGCGGUUCGAAUCCCCGCAACGGGGUGAGCUCCCAUUGUUCGGUCCCUGCUCCUGCCAACCUAGCAGUUCAAAAGCACACCGGCGCAAGUAGAUAAAUAGGUACCGCUCCGGUGGGAAGGUAAACGGCGUUUCCGUGCGCUGCUCUGGUUCGCCAGAAGCGGCUUAGUCCUGCUGGCCACAUGACCCGGAAGCUGUACGCCGGCUCCCUCAGCCAAUAAAGCGAGAUGAGCGCCGCAACCCCAGAGUCAGCCGUGACUGGACUUAUUGGUCAGGGGUCCCUUUACCUUUACGUUAUUAUUAUUAUUAUUAUUAUUAUUAUUUAUUUGAGGGGGCGUGUAAUGAAACGCGUUGUCGUGGUUUUGCAAAGAAGCCAAACUCUGGUUAAUUGCUCUUGCCUUUCGGGUGAAGGCAGGAGAGCGAUUUAUGCGUGCAAAAGCAGGCUCUCAAUAAAUAAAUAUAUAUAUAUAUAUUUUCCCCGCAGGAAAGGGGAGAGGUCUUUGGGAGAGGAAGCUGUGGGGGCUGCGGAGAAGGAAGGGUGGGGCGGGGGGGGAAGCCUGCCGAUUCGGCCCUGAUCGUUUUUCAUACCCCAAGCGUUAAAGUGCCACUAAAUUGAACAUUAACGAGCGCGAGUGAAUUGGAGGCUAGCUCUUUCCCCAGGAGCCAACCCUGCCCAUCGGUGCAUUAAGGAGGGAGAAUCCAUUACUGCCAGCCCCGGGAGAGAAUUAAAUCUUUCCCAGAAAGUACCUGCUGGCGGUGCCUCGAUUCCUCUGUUUCUGCCUCGGUUUCCCCCUGCGUGCCCCCCUCCCUGUUUAGGCGGAUGUGCGAUCAAGCAUCUGGUCUCUCUGCCGCGAGGUUUUCGUUUCCCGCGAAGCGGCGUCGAAACGGGAGACUUCUAAGCACCCAUGGGUUGCAUUUAUAGGAAGGUGCAGCCAGACUGCAGCAGAGACACCACCUUGGCAACAAAGGUCCCUAUAGUUCAAGCUAUGGUUUUCCCAGUAGUGAUGUAUGGAAGUGAGAGCUGGACCAUAAAGAAGGCUGAUGGCCGAAGAAUGGAUGCUUUUGAAUUCUGGUGCUGGAGGAGACGCUUGAGAGUCCCAUGGACUGCAAGAAGAUCAGACCUCUCCAUUCUGAAGGAAAUCAGCCCUGAGUGCUCACUGGAAGGACAGAUCCUGAAGCUGAGGCUCCAAGACUUUGGCCACCUCAUGAGAAGAGAAGACUCCCUGGAAAAGACCCUGAUGUUGGGAAAGAUGGAGGGCACAAGGAGAAGGGGACGACGGAGGACAAGAUGGCGGGACAGUGUUCUCGAAGCUACCAGCAUGAGUUUGACCAAACUGCGGGAGGCAGUGGAAGACAAGAGGGCCUGGCGUGCUCUGGUCCAGGGGGUCACGAAGAGGCGGACAUGACUAAACAACAACAACAGCGCAGCCGGACUAGGGGGGAUCACAAGGGCCAGUUGAAAGCGUCAGGGGGCCGGCCACAUGAGGCUCCUCGUCCCUACUCUGAAUGAAGGUGCCACUGCCACAGGCGGAAAGGUAGUGGCGCCUAGUGGUUGCGCGAGGAAAACGGGGAGAAGCAAGGCUGGUUGCUCUUUUAUUUAUCUAAGUGUAUACUCCACAAAAGGGACGUGGGUGGCGCAGUGGGUUAAACCACAGAGCCUAGGACUUGCCGAUCAGAAGGUCGGUGGUUCGAAUCCCCGCGACGGGGUGAGCUCCCGUUGCUCGGUCCCUGCUCCUGUCAACCUAGCAGUUCAAAAGCACGUCAAAGUGCAAGUAGAUAAGUAGGUACGCCUCCGGCGGGAAGGUAAACGGCGUUUCCAUGCGCUGCUCUGGUUUGCCAGAAGCGGCUUAGUCCUGCUGGCCACAUGACCCGGAAGCCAGUGUGGUGUAGUGGUUAAGAGCGGUAGUCUCGUAAUCUGGGGAACCGGGUUCGCGUCUCCGCUCCUCCACAUGCAGCUGCUGGGUGACCUUGGGCCAGUCACACUUCUCUGAAGUCUCUCAGCCCCACUCACCUCACAGAGUGUUUGUUGUGGGGGAGGAAGGGAAAGGAGAAUGUUAGCCGCUUUGAGACUCCUUAAAGGGAGUGAAAGGCGGGAUAUCAAAUCCAAACUCUUCUUCUAUAGAGGAAGAUGAGCAUCGCAACCCCAGAGUCGUCCGCAACCGGACUUAACGGUCAGAGGUCCCUUUACCUUUUAUACUCCACAAAGAAAACACUCAAAAAAUAAACAAUGGAGAAAACAAUAAAAUUAUCCACCAGGGAAAAUUACCUGCAAUAAUUUAAGGGUUAAAAAAAAGGUAACAGUUGAACAGAUUAAAACUGAGCCUCUGGGGAGGCUUGUCUCAGGAAAUAAUGUUUUUAGCAGGGGCCGCAAAAGAGAAUGGUGCCUGCUUGUCGUCAAGUGGCAGGGAGUUCCAAAGGCACUUCCAAAUUCAGAGCAGGUGUUAAACUGCCACAGAUCAAAGUGGCCAAAUGGGAAUUUAUGGGGGGAGAAGGUUUCAACUGAUCCCAAGCCGUUAAGGGGAUUUAUAUGGCCCCCGAUUUAACUGUUUGCCUCCAGCUGAGAAGCAUCGAUGCCCAGCUCUGUUUUCUGUCUAAGCCUGCCCUCUUCCUUUUCCUCUCUUGUCUCUCCUCCUUGCCUUUGCAGACGGAGAUUGCCAAGCGACUCAACGUCAUCUGUGCUCAGCUCAUCCCGUUUUUGUCCCAGGAGGUGAGUGUCUCGUCUUCACACAUGCUCUUCGAUAAAUAUGCCAGCCAUGCCCUUUCACCAUUGACUCCAUUCCUUCUCCGUCCUGGUUUUCCAUCCUCCUUCAACAGAUGCAAGGGAACUGCUAGCCAUUAGUGUUGCUAUUCUUACAAGCAAAGCCUUCAAACUGAACUUUGCAGUGCGGGGUGUUCUUUCUCAGGAUGCCAGCCAUGCCCUUUCGCAAUCGACUCCAUUCCUUCUUCCCAUUUUUUUCUUCCUCUACAACAGAUGCAAGGGGGCGGCUAGCCAGAACAUUCAUUAGUGUUGCUAUUGUUACAAGCGAAGCCUUCAAACUGAACUUUGCAGCACGGGGUGCUCUUGGCUUGGGAUGCCAGCCAUGCCCUUUUGCAAUCGACUCCAUUCCCUCUUCCCAGUUUUCCUUCCCCUACGACAGAUGCUCAGCGUCCUGUAGAUGUGAGGGCCUGAUAUUAUUAGUGGCAGGAUGUGUAGACGGUUGCAAGUGAGACACUCACCUGAAGUUUACAACAAUGGGGUACUUUGGCUCUGGAUGCCCGCCGGCCAUGCCCUUCCAGAAGGCACUCCAUUCCAUCCCACUCAGCAUCAACACUUUGAAUUGUGCUUGGAAAUGUCCUGGGAGCCAACAUAGGUCUUUCAGGACCAGUGUUACGUGGUCUUGGUGGCUGCUCCCAGUCCCCAUGCCGCAUUCUGGAUUAAUUGCAGUUUCUGGGUCACCUUCCAAGGUAGCCCCACGGAGAGUGCAUGGCAGUAGUCCAAGCGGGAGAUAACCAGAGCAUGCACCACUCUGGUGAGACAGUCUGCGGGCAGGGAGGGUCUUCAGAUGUCUUCUAAAAGUCAGGUAGUUAUUUACUUCUUUGGCAUCUGGUGGAAGGGCGUUCCUCAGGGAGGGUGCCACCACCGAGAAGGCCCUCUGCCUGGUUCCCUGCAACCUCGCUUCUCGCAGGGAGGGAACCGCCAGAAGACCCUCGGGAGAUGGACCCCGGUGUCCGGGCAGAAGGAUGGGGGUGGAGACGCCCCUUCAGGUCUACUGGGCCGUUUAGGGCUUUCAAGAUCAGCACCAAUACUUUGAAUUGUGCUCAGAAACAUCCUGGGAGCCAAUGCAGAUCUCUCAGGACCGGUGUUAUGUGGUCCUGGCAGCCGCUCCCAGUCCCCAGUCUAGCUGCCGCAUUCUGGAUUAGUUGUAGUUUCCAGGUCACCUUCAAAGGUAGCCCCACGUAGAGCGCAUGGCAGCAGUCCAAGCGGGAGAUAACCAGAGCAUGCACCACUCUGGCCAGACAGUCUGCGGGCAGGGAGGGUCUCAUCCUGCGUCCCAGAUGGAGCUGCCCUGGACACAGAACUGACCUGCGCCUCCAUGGAGAGCUGUGGGUCCAAGAUGACUCCCAGGGUGCGCACCUGGUCCUUCAGGGGCACAGUUAACCCAUUCAGAACCGGGGAGUCCCCCACACCCUCCCGCCAGCCUGGACCCCCAACCUUUUGUCUUUUCUGAUGCUCUCAUUAAAUUAUCCUUCCCCUCCUUUUUUCCCUCCAGCAUCAACAACAAGUGGUGCAAGCGGUCGAACGAGCGAAGCAGGUGACUAUGGAAGAAGUGAAUGUUGCACUCGGGGUAUGUGGACCCCCACUUCCCUCCCACGCUCUUGGGGGAGCCCAAAGCCUUCCCCUCCUCCCCACCCCACCCCAAACCCUUUAACUACGGGGUUGCGUGGCUUUGAGCUUCUGGGUCUUGCUGACACUAUAACUCCCAUCCUUAUCCGUCACCACAAAAUGGGAAAACAAAACGGUUCAGGAAAGGAACGCUUCCUUUGCAGCGUUGGGGAGCUUUUUAGUUUUUUAUAAUAAUAAUAAUUUAUUAUUUGUACCCCGCCCAUCUGGCUGGGUUUCCCCAGCCACUCUGGGCGGCUUCCACAGAGACCAAAAGUACACUAAGAUGUCACACAUUAAAAACUUCCCUGAACAGGGCUGCCUUCAGAUGUCUUCUGAAUGUCAGGUUGUUGUUGUUCUCUUUGACAUCUGGUGGGAGGGCGUUCCACAGGGCGGGCGCCACCACCGAGAAGGCCCUCUGCCUGGUUCCCUGUAACUUGGCUUCUCGCAGCGAGGGAACCGCCAGAAGGCCCUCAGGAGAUGGACCCAGGUGUCCGGGCAGAACGAUGGGGGUGGAGACGCUCCUUCAGAUAUACUGGACCUCAGGCCGUUUAGGGCUUUCAAGGUCAGCACCAACACUUUGAAUUGUGCUGGAAACGUACUGGGAGCCAAUGUAGGUCUUUCAGGACCGGUGUUAUGUGGUCCCAGCAGCCACUCCCAGUCCCCAGUCUAGCUGCCGCAUUUUGGAUUAGUUGUAGUUUCCGGGUCACCUUCAAAGGUGCAUAUAGAGCGCAUUGCAGUAGUUUAUAAAAAUUAUGCAUGGGGAAUAGAGCAGGGGUUUUCAACCUUUUCAAGUCCACGGCUCCCUUGAGCAACUACAGUGGUACCUCAGGUUAUAUACGCUUCAGGUUACAUACGCUUCAGGUUACAGACUCCACUAACCCAGAAAUAGUGCUUCAGGUUAAGAACUUUGCUUCAGGAUAAGAACAGAAAUCAUGCUCCGGCGGUGCGGCGGCAGCGGGAGGCCCCAUUAGCUAAAGUGGUGCUUCAGGUUAAGAACAGUUUCAGGUUUAGAACGGACCUCCGGAACGAAUUAAGUACUUAACCCGAGGUACCACUGUAUGUUAUUCCUGUGGCACCCAUGGGAGGCUCAGGAGCCCAGUUAUGACCGCAGAGAUGGCAGCCCCUCACUCCUUUUCGAACACCCUCCCUUGUGGAGCGUUUCCCCAGCCUCCUCUCCUCUCUCCUCUCCUGGGGAGUCCUCUGGGCAGCCGCUGCCGCCCCCCCGGUCUCUGAGCUGCCCCGCUGCCCCAAAGAGAGGUGCCUCCUCAAACUGCCUCACAGGGGACUGGGACUUGCCUGCCCGUUCCCAACAGCAAGGGCUGGCGGACUGGGCUCCCUUGCCCGUUUGCUUGCUUACUCCGAGGCCAUCUCAGUUCCUGGCGCCCAGCACCCCCUGGCCAGCCCCAGAGGCACCAUUCGCACGGGGAGCUUGCAGCCGGGGCUGCUGCAACAAACAGCCGUGCAAGCCUUGGGGGGCAGAGACGUCAGAGGGCAUCAGAGGAAGGAAAGAGGGACAGAGGCCCGUGUUUCCCGUGGUACCCCUGACCGUCAUUCCAGGCACCCUACUGAAAACCACCGGCUAGAGAAAAUCUAGGACCGAGGGAACUGACCGCUGGGCGAUUCAGGGCAGAGAAAAUAAUGCCCCUUCUUCCUUUGGCUUGAAAGUUAGACUGUGGGAACUCGCUGCGCCACAAGGCAGCGAAGGCUGCCAACUUGGGACGGCUUCAAAAAAGGAUUAGGCAAAUUCGCCAAGCAGGGGGCUUUCGCAGUUGUAGCCGGGAAGGCUUCCAGAAACCAUUUUCAGGAGGGGGGGGGCACGAAGUGGUCUUCCGUUUGGGUCUUGCGGAAAAGGACGCUGCGCUAGACGGUCUGAUCCAAGACGCUGCUGCCCUGGAGUUUUUAUGGUUCUUAAGAGGACUGGUGAGAUUUGUAGCUUGGGGGGGGGCUCCUCCCGAUCUAAGAAACCUGCCCCCCCUUUCUGCUCUCCAGGAGAACGAGUCACCUUGACGCUAGCCAUACCAGCGUUCUCUUAACCUGGAGCAGACACAUGGGGUAUCACUGCUAUAGAAAGUUUUGCAAUGCCGUCGACAGGCUCUCUCUAUUUAUGCACUGAAAGGUUUUCUCCCCAGUCGAAAUCCCCCCUUUUUCUUCUCCAUCGCGCUGGGCAAAUCGAUGACCAGCCUGAGACCCGUGGCCAAAUAUUUUUCAGGUUGGAAUAUUUAACACACACACACACACACACCCCAGCACAAAACACCUCUGCUCGAUGCAAGCGCAAUAUCCCUGGGAAACAGUUGUCCAACUUCUGCUUUCAAUACCUCCAGCAUCACCUCCUAAGGCGGCUGUCCAACAGGUCUUUAUUAUCAUCCUUCUAAUGGGUGGCGCUGUGGGUUAAACCACAGAGCCUAGGACUUGCCGAUCAGAAGUUCAGUGGUUCGAAUCCCCGCGACGGGUGAGCUCCUGUUGCUCGGUCCCUGCUCCUGCCAACCUAGCAGUUCAAAAGCACGUCAAAGUGCAAGUAGAUAAAUAGGUACCACUCCGGCAGGAAGGUAAAUGGCGUUUCCGUGCGCUGCUCUGGUUCACCAGAAGCGGCUUAGUCAUGCUGGCCACAUGACCCGGAAGCUGUACGCCGGCUCCCUCGGCCAGUAAAGCGAGAUGAGCGCCGCAACCCCAGAGUCGGCCACGACUGGACCUAAUGGUCAGGGGUCCCUUUACCUUUACUUAACGGCCUUUCAGAUAUAUUACGGAUUAUGUCAACACAGUGGUACCUCUGUUGUCGAACGCAAUCUGUGCCGGAGGACCGGUCGACUUCCGAAACGUUCGACAACCGAGGCGCAAAGGGCGGUCGUCAAAGUGAUUGGGGGAAAUUGAAAAAAAAAAACACAACGGAAACCGUUCGACUUCCGAAAAGUGUUCGAAAACGGAAGCGAUUACUUCCAGGUUUCCGGCGUUCGGAAAGCAAAACGUUCGGCUUCCGAGACGCUCGGAAACCAAGGUUUUCCACAGUGUAAAGAAAUAUAUAAACACACAUGCACACACCACCGCUGAACACUUUUUUGUAUCAUGUUCUGCUUCGUAUACAGUUUUCCAGAGCAAAAUUUAUUUGUUAACAAGCGUAUACUUCUGGAUUGUAAAACGAAAACCCAGCCACAACUCCCGAAAAGCAAUCGAAAAACCCUCCGGUGUUUUCAUAACGCGAUGCUUGAUUUGCACGUUAAUUCCACAUAGGUGUGCGUGUGUAAAUGUGUUUUAACGCGCUCUCCUAAAGCGUGCUUUGUGUGUGUGUGUGUACAAGAUGUGGUUGCUCGAACGAGCGAUGCAGAAUUUGGGGAUGGUGCAGAUUUUGAGAGGUGGUUCUGCCCUUUCGGUGUGCAAUUUCCUAGGCUUCCUAGGCUCGCCUUUAAAUGCAAAUGGAAUCUGAUUUCUCCCGGGGUCUCUUGUGUUUCUCGCUCACGAGAGCUCAGCACGGAUGCCAUCCUGAAUCUUACAGAGAGGGAGGGAGAAAGGGGAGCCCUUUUAAAGGUGUCUUGGCAGGGACGGCAGAUUGCUCCAUUGCCGCGGUUAAUGAGCGGAUUAGAAAAGGCUCUAACCGGAGGGACGCAGUAAUGAUAAUGGCUGUGGGUAAUUGGAUUUAGUGCAAGAGGCUGGGGAGUCCUGAGUGGGACGUCUGGAACGGGGAGGAAAGGGGGCAUGUGAUCGCGCACAGCGUCGGAAAGACUGAAACUGGAGCCGCGAGCUCUAGGAAAGGAUGGCAGGUUUGUGUCUGCCGAGAAGGACUUGGCAAGGGGAGGUUUUCGCGCGUUCCGAGUGCCAGCCAGCCAUCCCUUUCCCCAAGCACCAUUUUCAGGGUUCCAGCCGGCCAUGCCCUUUCCCCAAACACCAUUUUCAGGGUUCCAGCCAGCCAUACCCUUUCCCCAAACACCAUUUUCAGGGUUCCAGCCAGCCAUGCCCUUUCCCCAAGCACCAUUUCCAGGGUGCCAGCCAGCCGUACCUUUUCCCCAAAUCAUCAUCAUCAGGAUUAUCUAGGCCAACCCCCUGCAAUGCAGGAAUAUUCAAUUGCCCCAUGAGGGGAUUCGAACCCGCAACCUUGGUCUUAUCGGCACCAUGCGCCAAACAACUCAGCUUAUAAUUAUAACUCCACUUUUUCCCCUCCAAGGAGCUCAAAGGGGAGUGCACAUUAUUCCCCUCACCUUCCUCAUUGGCUGUGGGCAGGAUUCCUGCAUUGCAGGGGGCUGGAAUGGAUGACCUUUGAGGUCCCCUCCGACUCUAUAAUCCUUUGACUCAGUUCCCACAGCAACCCAGCGAGGUAGGCUUAUGCUGAGAGGCGGUUUACUGGCCUCAUGCCGAGGCCGCGAGCUUCAUAGCCGAGUAAGGAUUUGAACCCCGGGUCUCCCAGGUCAUAUCCGGCGCUCUAACCACUAAGCCACACUGCCUCCCAGGAGGAGGGGGUGUGGAGAGGAGAGAUUGCUCAUCUCCUUCGUUUCUUAACUCCCUCCUUGUAAAAAAACAACCACCAUCCGUGCUCCAGAAACUGGGUCAGCCUUCCUUUUCUCGAGCCUUUUAAAUUAAAUAUGGCCCGUUCGUUCUGUUAUGAAGGAAAGAAAACACUUUUUUUUAUAAAAAAAGAGAAACCAAUAGGAACGGCUCCCUCACAGGUUAACCACGUUACCGCAAACCAAUUCCCCGCUCGGGAUUUCUGCAGUUUCCCUUUCUGCCACUGCAGCUCAGAGCUGUUUCCAUUCUCUCACUGUCUUUCAACGCAUCGAAGAAAAAUUAUAAUGAUUUUAUUAUUUGAGUGGCCCCAGCCACUCAAACAGACACCCCUUUCAAAAAACAAACAACCCUCUUUUCCACGAUUUUAUUUUAAGAAUAACUCUGGUAUACUCUGAAUACUAAGCAGAGAAGGACGCUGUCCAGUCUGUGUGCUUUGCCUUUGCACUGUGUGAUAGCAACGUUUUCCUCUACCCUCCCUGUUCCUUUCCCCGCUCUGGUUCACCCAGAAUCCUUCGUGUCUCCCGAAUCGAGGGAAGCGAUUGUUGUUUAGUCGUGUCCGCCUCUUUGUGACCCCCUGGACCAGAGCACGCCAGGCACUCCUGUCUUCCACUGCCUCCCGCAGUUUGGUCAAACUCAUGCUGGUAGCUUCGAGAACACUGUCCCGCCAUCUCGUCCUCUGUCGUCCCCUUCUCCUUGCGCCCUCCAUCUUUCCCACCAUCAGGGUCUUUUCCAGGGAGUAUUCUCUUCUCAUGAGGUGGCCAAAGUCUUGGAGCCUCAGCUUCAGGAUCUGUCCUUCCAGUGAGCACUCAGGGCUGAUUUCCUUCCGAAUGGAUCGGUUUGAUCUUCUUGCAGUCCAUGGGACUCUCACAAGUCUCCUCCAGCACCAGAAUUCAAAAGCAUCCAUUCUGGCGGAAAUGACUGGCAGAAUCCGAGACCAGGGAGAAGAGUCGGUGGAAGAAGAUUGGAAGAAAUUUAAAGACUAUUUACAGAAAUAUUGCAAAAUUAAUGAAUGUUAGAAUGAUGUCAGAAUGAAGUUAAGUGGUUUUAGCUGCAAUGCCUUAAAGGUGUAUGUAAAAAUGGAUUGCUAAUAAGUGAGAAUCUAAAGUUAUAAUAUAUUAAUUUAAAGGACUAAGACAAAAAUAAAGAGGGAAAGGAAUUGCUGAAUUAACCAAUUGAACUGGAAUACAAAAAAGGGAGGUGAGAGGAGGUCAGGGAAGUAAGGAAAUGAAAUGUAAGAUACGGAAGGAUUGAUUUGUUUUUAAGUGUUUUUUUAUCUUUGUUUUUUCUGCACUUUGUAUUUUGUAUGUUUUUUGCUUUUUUAUUUUUUUCCCUUGUUUUUUUUCCUGUUUAACUAUGUAAUUUUUUGUUUUUGAAAUUUUAAUAAAUAUCAUUUUUCAAAAGCAUCCAUUCUUUGGCGAUCAGCCUUCUUUAUGGUCCAGCUCUCACUUCCAUACAUCACUACUGGGAAAACCAUAGUUUGAACUAUAUGGACCUUUGCUGGCAAGGUGAUGUCUCUGCUUUUUAAGAUGCUAUGUAGGUUUGUCAUUGCUUUUCACCCAAGAGAGUGAAGCGAUCGUCCCACUCUAUUCUGCCUUAUGUCAGCCCCCCACCUGGAGUCCCGCGUUCGGUUUUGGGCGCCACAAUUUAAGAAGGAUGUUGACAAGCUGGAAUGUGUUCAGAGGAGGGAGGCCAGGAUGAUCAAUGGCUUGGAAACCGAGCCUGAUGAGGAACGGUUGAAGGAGCUGGGUAUGUUUAACUUGGGAAAGAGGAUACCGAGACGAGUGCUAUCUUCAGAUAUCUUAAGGGAAGAAGGAGUGAGCGUUUCUCCUCUUCCGGAGAAAGGAGAUUCUGACAAAACGUCAGGAAGAACUUUCUGCACGGAUUUUAAUAGCCCAAAAAUGGAAAAUGCAAGAAUUACCAUCUGUAGAAGAAUGGCAGAUGAAGAUCAUGGACUUUAUGGAGCUGGCUGAUCUCACCGGGAGAAUCCGCGACCAGAAGGAAGAGGAAUAUCAAGAAGACUGGAAGAAAUUCAAAGAUGAUUUGAAUAAAUAUUAAAGAUUUGUAAUUACUUGAAAGAACUAAACAGGCCUAGGAUUAAAUUAGGAUUAGAUAAAUAAAUGAGAAAUAGAACCAUAAGAAAAGUUAAGAAAUUUGAUUAUAAUUGGAAUAUUGUUUUUUUAACAAUGAUAUUGGAAAACUGCUACAUUUAGUUACAAGGAAAUUCAGUUGGAAGAGAUUAGAGGAAGCCAAGCAAAAUGUUUAUGAAACUGGAGGUUUAAUUAAUUAACUUUUUUACUGUAUAUGUGCAUGUGGUUAUAUUCUUGGUUAUUACUUGGUUUGUUUGUCUUAUUUCACUUUUUUCUUUUUUCUUUCUUCUUUUAUUUUUAUUAACUUUUCUUAUUUUACUUUUGUUAUAUUGAAGUAAUGUGUUUGUACGAAAAUCAAUAAAUAUUAUUGGCCCCCCCCCAAAAAAGAACUUUCUCAAUUGUAAGAGUUGUUUGACAGCGGAACAGACUCCCACUAGAAGUGGUGGACUCUCCUACCUUGGAGGUUUUUAAGCAGAGGUUGGACGGCCGUCGCUCAUGGAUGCUUUCGCUGAGAUUCCUUCUUUUCAGGGGGUUGGUCUAGAUGACCGCUGGGGUCCCUUCCAGCUCUCCGGUCCUGUGCAUAGCUGUCAAGCGUCCCUUAUUUGGCGGGAAAGUCCCUUAUCCCAGCGCCGUGUCCCGCUGCUGUCCCUUAUUGAUGAUGUCCCUUAAAUUUCCCGGGUUUCAAAGGAAGCAGCUCCUCUCCCUCCCUCCCUGCCGGCCAGGGAGGAGGGAGGCUCCAACUGUGUUGCUUGGCUGCGUUGCUCACCCAAUAAGGAGUCUAAGAACGACUGGGGGGUGGAGCUUGCAUGCCUUGUGCCGAUCAGAUCGGCCGCCUUGCCUGGGGACUCGCCUUUGCUCAGCGCUUCCCAGCGGAGAGGUGACGGUGGUUUUCCUUGCUGCAUCCCCUUUGCCGGGUUGCUGCGCUGUGGGAACCACCGCUUGAGGCUUCGUUUGGCUGCUGGCUGGGCUUUCUGCCUUUGGCUUGUGGGGGGCUCAGAAGUCGAACCUACCUGUGCUUGGAAAAUCCCUUAUUUUGGCUGCUGAUCCCUUAUUUUCGAGGCUGCUGGCCCCUUAUUUUCAAAUCUGUAAGUUGACAGCUAUGGUCCUGUGAUUCCACAUUUGGUUCCCCCCCUCUCUUCUAUAAACCCCCUUCUGUCUCCUCGCAGCAUCAACUCCAAGCUCAGCACCUUUCGCACCACGCGCCUCCUAUCCCACUGACCCCUCACCCGUCCGGCAUGCAACCGGCCAGUCUGGCUACCCUGGGCAGUGCGUCCGGCCUGCUGGCGUUGUCUGGAGUGCUGGGCGCUCAAGCCCAGCUCCUCGCCAAGGAUGACCGAGGUCUUCUCGACACGGAUCACAGAGGUACCAAAGUCUAACCUUUCCUCUCUUUUUUAAAAAAUAAUUUUUAUUAAGUACAAAUUAGAAAACAUACCGGUGCAUAUUUACAACAAAAGAAAAUACAACAGAAAAAGAAAAUAUAUAUAACCAAGCCACGACUGGACCUAAUGGUCAGGGGUCCCUUUACCUUUUUAUAAAGAUUUAAAAUUAAGUGCGUUUUCACUUUCUGUGUGUGUGUAACCUCCGAUCAACUCUACGAUUUAUACAGUGCCGGAUUUACGUAUAAGCUAAACAAGCUAUAGCUUAGGGCCCCACUCUCUUGGGGGCCCCCCAAAAAUAUACUUCUUAAUAGUAUUUCACUGUUAAUAUACUUCUUCUUAAUUGUAUUUCAGUUCAACAAAUACCGUAUUUUUUGCUUUAUAAGACUCACUUUUCCCCUCCUACAAAGUAAGGGGAAAUGUGUGUGCAUCUUAUGGAGCGAAUGCAGGCUGCGCAGCUAUCCCAGAAGCCAGAACAGCAAGAGGGAUUGCUGCUUUCACUGUGCAGCGAUCCCUCUUGCUGUUCUGGCUUCUGAGAUUCAGAAUAUUUUCUUUCUUGUUUUCCUCCUCCAAAAACUAGGUGCGUCUUGUGGUCUGUUGCGUCUUAUAGAGCGAAAAAUAUGGUACUUUGAUAAAAUACAUAUUUUGUGAUGUGCAAAUGGCUUUAGAUACCUAUACGGUCCAUCAAUUACCAUAUAGCAUAUAUUGAACACAAAAAUACAGCGGCAAUUUGCUGUUGUUGGCAAAGGACAGCUGGACCCAUUACCUUCAGUAGCUGAGGGCCUCAUCGAACCUAAAUCCGGCCCUGUUCAUAUAUAAAUUUUAAAAACAAUUCUAGUAUGUGAACUACAUUUUUUUAAAAUGCUAAAAUUCUUCAAAACAUAAAAGUGAAAUUUCACCAGAAAUUUAUAAGUUGCAACAAGAAUUAAUCCAUGUAAAACUGCGCCCCUCUGACGUCUGCACCCUAGAUGACUGCCUAACGAUAGCACCCGUCUUGGCAGUGAUGCCUAGUGGUCAGGGUAGUGAUGACAGUUGUAAUCUAACAAUAUCUGGAGGGAGCUGUGUGGGCUCUUGCAGCCUUUGGGGUGGGGAAAACCUUUCUGUUUCAGCUGUGCUCUGUUUACGCUGUUAUUAUUUCCUGCGUGACCUUGUGUUAAUAAUAAUAAUAAUAAUAAUAAUAAUAAUAAUUUGGAGUGUAACUGCCCCAUCUCCAAACAUUUCAAAUGCAUAAGCCGGCAGAAUCUUUGUGCAUAAUUCAAACGCUCCCCAGGCAAGAGAUGAAUAUUGCAAAUAUCUGGUGGGGGGAUGGGGGACAAUGAUAUUUUGCUGUCAAUCCUUGGGGGGAGAAGAAGAAAAAUUUCAACAAAUCUACCCUGUUCGAUGGAACAAAUAUACUUUAUCUCUUUGGGGGAAAGUUCUAUUUUUUUAUUGGAAAUAUACCAUAUUUUUCG